AUGACGAUGAUGCGGCCGCCUGUUGUGUGGUUAACAGCUUCUCUGCUGCUGCUCCUAAUCCUGAUACAACCAUCCUUGGCAGUACCUGUAGAAACGAGCUAUGUAUUGGAACCCUUUGACGGGGGGCACGCACCGCAUGGCACCAGUAAAUUGGGAUUUCACGACGACGACUACUUUGAAGUCAGCUACACGGAGAAUUCGUAUAUUGGACGUGGCGCGCUCCAAGUGGAUUACGAUUCCUCCACCAUUAUCGAAGGCAUUGCUUCGUCGCCGCCAACACUGAGUCUGAGCUUUAUUCAGGAGAAUCGACCGCACAUUUGUGUGGGCGCCACAACAGUAUCCUUUUGGUAUCAACAGGAACGAUCGGGAACUCUCACAGCCCCACUGAGCGUCCGGGUGACCUUGUUGGAUGACAAUAACAGUAAUGACAAUGUGGAUCCUUCCACCUGGGAACAGUGGACAACGACGAAUCAAAUACUAUUGCAAGCCAACACGGAAGACUGGCUGGAAGUGCGAGUAAAUCUGGAGGAUUUUGUGCUGUUGCCGGUCUUGGAUUUUGGCCAGCAGAACAGCACUACUACAACAGGAAACAACAACAACAACAAUCAUCAGCUAGAUCUACACCGCCUUCGUGGCUUUAUGUUGAGCAUCGAGCCAACGGGAGGAAGCUCGGGAAGAUUAAAGAUGGAUCACUUUGCCCUGGUGGGCGGUGAAGCUUUGUUUGGCGCCGCUCUGUAUGCAUCCGACGAUUUCAAUAAAACAGUUACAUUGGAGGGGGGUUGGGAAAUUACUGCCUUCAAUUCAGACCGUUCUCUGCAAGAGUCUUCUGUCGAGUUCAUGCAGCAAGCAAAUAAUAAUGGAACACUGGAUAUUGAUUACCUGGUCGAACAUGCGGCGGAUUGGGGUGGAUUUCUUGCCAUUUCGUACGUGGCUCCGGGGGCCGCGUAUUACAAUGUCAGCAAUGCCGCCUAUCUGACCAUGGAGUACCAAGUCAACGUUCCGGUCAGCAAUCCCAAUCGGACGCAUUUACGGUUCAUUUUGAAUGACGCAUACGAAUGCACGGAGCAUUGCGACACGGCGGGAGGCGACCAUGAGCGAUACUAUAGCUUUCAUUACGUGCUUGGGGCGGACAAUGCCACGAGACAACUUUCGAUUCAACUCGAGGGCAGUGAGGAUCUUUUCUCCCCUUUCAAGUUGACAGGUUGGAGUGGUUCGCGAGGAAACGCACAACUCGACACGGGAAUGCUCAAGGGAUACACCUUUGAAUUUGAUAUUGAUCAAUAUGGUGACCUAUGGAGUUAUGUGACUGGUUCCAUAGCCUUUAGCAACAUUGCAACGGUUGACAGCAACAACCCUAGUAUUGCUGACAGCAAUGACACGGCCAACGCGUUCUGCAAGUUUGAGAAAGGCAUUGCCUUUAAUGGAUUGUCGUCCGUUUUCCGGAAAAAGGAAUUUGUCGGCGAUCGGUGCUGUGAAGUGUGUGAGCUGGAUGAGACAUGCAUCUAUGUGUUGUCCACGGGGAGAGAUUGCUUCUUGGCAUCGCACCUUCAACAAGACGCAAUUAAGCUGGAAGUGGACCCUGUGGGAGAUUACAGUACCAUUAGGAAGCUAGUGAAUCAGGCCUAUUGGAUGGACACUGUGGAGAAGCGGGGUGACUUUUGUGACAAGUGCGACUGCCAUGAAAGCAAUAGAACGAUCGAUUGCAGGGGGAAAGAAUUGGUGAUUGUUCCCAAGACGUUCGAUGAAACUUUUCAACCGCUGGCGCUGGACCUGCGAGUCAAUCCCAACUUGGUGCUCCUGGGAUCUGGGUCCUUGGCUAGCAUUGGAGGCAGCCUCAAAGAGCUUUGGCUUCCCAAGGAAAUGAUACACCUUGGGGAAGGCAGCUUGAACGACUUGCCCGAGCUUGAGCAUGUCCGAUUUGAAGACCAAGAAGACGAGCCUGUCCCGUUGAUUGCAGGAGGCAACAUCAUUGCACGGUCUACUGAUUUCUUUGGGUCCGUGUGCUGUGGCCUUGGGCUACAUAGAGAUCUGGUCUCGCCCCAAAAUGGACUUACGUUUUGUAAUUCAACGUAUGUCAAUGUGAAGGCUGCACCAGGCAUUGACAGCACGUAUUUGCCAUUUGUCAGGUUCAUAGAUCCAACCGUCUUGGAGGUCCUUUUUCCAAGUUCAGAUUUUAUGUCAGAAGCGGCAGAAGGAGCUGAAGAAUGUGCACAGUACUGCAGCAACUCUCGAGGCUGUCGAUAUUUUUCGUAUGAUGAUCGCAUCGGAAAGGCGGAACCUCAAUGCUUUUUCUUUAAAGACUAUGGCAGCGGACAGGAGAGCGUGUGUUGUAACCCAGACCAUUAUGCUGAUGAAGAACAGACAGUGCCAGGUUGGGUGUCCGGACUCCCUCCUGGCACUCGACAUGUUGACGAAAAUGCUACUGUAAUAGUCGAGCCUCAUGCGCUUGUUCUCAGUCCGGAGAACGACUAUCAAUCAACCUUUGAGAUAUCUCUUGGAUCUCAUCCAUUGCGUGGCGCAGUUUUCGUCACACCCUCUCUUGAAGAUGACCAAGGCCUCGACGUGUCCAUGUGGCCUUCGGACGCCAACUUGACAGUCGUAACGGGCACAAACGGCGUUCCUCCAACGGUUGGGCUGUACAAUGGGAACAUGAGCGCCACGGUUGUCAUCAAGGUCUCUAAUAUCAAGCCAGGAUCCCCCAAAAAGCAUUUGCAUAUCGAAAAUAUGGUCCAAUCUUGCGACCAGGCCUUCACAACGGUGUUUGCAACCGCUGAGUGCGACUCUGGCUUGAGUCUUGAUGUCGUUGUCGACAUCCCAGAGCUAGUGGUCGAAACAGACCCCCUUACGCCUCUUUCUUACUCGGCGAUUGUCCUGGGGGGGUUGGCUGUCUCUGUGGUAUUGGUGACUUCAGUUCUAGUCCAGAAGAACAAGGCAAAGAAAGCGAUCUCUUUUGCUCAGAUUGAGUUCUUGAGACUUCUGCUUGCGGGGUCACUGUUGACUUCAUCUGGCGCGAUCCUCUUGGCAGUUCCUCCUUCCGACGUAACAUGCAUUGCUACGAUUUGGUUUGUCGAGGUGGGCUAUACACUUGAGCUUGUGCCCUUGAUUGUUAAGAUUGCGGCCUUAAACAGAUUGAUGGCCGCGGCAGCAAAGAUGAGACGAAUCACGCUCAAGAGGGAGUAUCUGUUUGGAUCUGUGGCAAUGAUCAUGGGAUUCGUUGUGAUAUUUUUGAUAGUCUGGAGCGCUGUCGAACCUCCGCACGAGGCUGUUCAAGAGGACACCAGCACUGACGACGACGGCUUCACCACGGUGACCAAGACUUAUUAUUGCUCUGGCUACACAUCGGUCUGGUCCGUUGUCGUACAGGUUUGGAAUAUUAUCCUCCUACUAUCCGCCUCGGUCCUGGCCUUUCAAACGAGAAAGAUCAAACGAAAGGACUUCAAUGAGAGCCAAACGCUGGCUUUUCUGAUUUACUCGCACUUUGUGUUCAUCUGCUUUCAGAGUGGACUUAAGUUUCUCGAAAACUAUGCGUCGGCCGCAACUCUGAAUCAAGUUCGAAGCAUCUUGAACAGUUGUGAUACAAUUGUUGCAGUAGGAGUGUACUUUGUACCGAAGCUGUUGGCAAAGGAAGAAUUGCCGAGAGACGCCCGAGAACAACCAGGGACUUUCACCGAUACCAAUACAGUGAUCGAGAGAGACCGCCACCGGGCAAACAAAACUGUUGCACUAAAGUACCAGAAUCGGUCUGUGGCAGAGCAGAAGUCCUUUGACAUUGGUAUGGUCUUGCUCAAUAAGGAUUGCUUUGCGUCUUUGAGAGCCACUAUCUGCGAGGGCCCUGAGGAAGUCCAUGGGUUCCGAGCACUAGUAGUGAACAGUGUCAUGGCUACAGAUCUUGGCGACAAAGAGCUCAGGGCCCUCAGGAAUGGUCGAUGGGAGAAGGCCUCACCCAAACAUGGCUUCAUGGAUCAUUGUCUCUUCUGCAGAUUGAGCAUUUGA